AUCCAUUCCUGGAUUUACUAUGACACACCUGCGCUUGUUUGCUCUACACUUGGGCUGAUCAAGACCAUAUUAAAUCCUGGAAUGGGUGAAAGUGCUAUGCAACGGGAGAGUUAUUUGCAUCCUUGUAAUGGUAAGGCUGCUCUUUCACUUCUUUCAUGAGCCCAUUAUUGUUCUUGCGCUGGGUAACACCUCAAUCUGAGUCAAAUGACUUUUUUAAUCCAAAAAUUAAGGCUACCAUAAUUAGCAAUUGCUGACAUCUCGGGUUUAUUAUCUUCUACACACUAAUGUACAUUCUGCCCUCCCUCUUGCUUUUUAACCCAUAACCUAUUAUAUGACUAGUUGCUGCAUUCCACCUAAAUGACAAAGCUGUCUCCUGCAUAAGUCAGCCAACACCUGGCACUCAUAGUUGACACCCUACUUUUGUAUAGAAAACAAUUCAACUGCAAAGAUGUGUCAUGGCACCUCCAGCACAGAGCUACCAGGAACCCCUUUAUUUGAACAGCCCUUUCACAUAUUGAAGCAAUAUAGUUGUAUAUUGUGGUUUAUUAAUUGUGUUGAAUUCUUAACAUCUACAAAGUGUAACAAUGAACACCUCAACAUCUCCUGUUGCCAUAAAUUGUAACACAAAUGACUACACUGCAGAAAACAUCAGUUUGUGGGAUAAAUCUCUGCUAUGGGACAAAUGCAGUCAGGAAGCAAAAAGAAAUCAAUUUGGUUUUGCAACUUUUGGUGAAAUCUAAAAGGAGGUAGUGUAGGUAACUAGAUUAGGGUUGCCACCUAAAAAAAUGAACAGAAGAGCCGUUAAGUUGAAAUUCUCUAGAAAUCCUCUAGUCAAAUAAUAGGUAGCAUUGAUAAUAUUACUGUUAUAGUACUGAUAACCAAUUCAUACUGUGCGUCUAGUGCAGCAAUAUUAUCUUGAUUUACCUUGUGCUCAACUUAUGAAGCCUUUAUUCAUUUAUUAAGCCUUUCCCUAAACGAUUAAACUAUGAAAUAUUUUUGAGAAUCAAGCACCACAUCACCACAUAAAUCUCAGGCUUGUCAUUGUUCUGAUAGUCGUUGACUUUAUCCGUGUAUCUCACGCACUUCUUUCAUACCCUAACCUUGAAGCAUCGAGCAUUACAUUUAUAAGACGUGUUUAAAUGUGGGUUUUUUUUAAGCAUGCAGUUCCUUUGUGUUUCUCACUGUGGGAGAUGAACGAUUUUUGUAUUUUUCAGCUUAUGCUGGAAACGGGAGAGCUGACUAGCUUGUGCACUCAACCUGCUCACUAUGAAGUUUACUGAGGGGGGCUACAAACGAAACAAAACAAAAGAAGAAUCAACUGCAUUAUUUAUUCUCACAGCAGUGAGCCACUUGUGACAAUCAUGCUGGGAAUGUCACCUGGCCCAGAAAGAAAGGCCUUUGCACUAAUACCAAGUGAAACCUUAUGAUUGCACUACACACGUCUUGCCUCAACUGAGAUUCCCGUCAAUAAGGACAAAAGGGCUCGUGACACAGGGAAGAAAGAACACACACACCCCCCACGAUUCUACCACGCAACCCUGUCUCGGGCCAACUCUCAACUUUCCAGCGAAGCCACUCGAAACCCACCAUGUUCCAGCGACUCGCCAGUCUGUUUUUCGGAGAGGGGGAGGAGGUGACCAAUGGCUGCGAGGGACCCAAACCCAGCGUGGCUGAUGCCGACGAGGAAGGCUGGCUACUGGUUAACCUGCCUGCACGCUUGGGGGAAGGUGAUUGGGUCGAGUUGGGACAGGGUGGGACUAAGCCAGAAGGGCACGCCCUCUCCUCGAACAGUCGGGUGGGGACAGGGGUAGGUGGGGCAGGUAACUCCUCCCUCUCCUCUCCCGAUUGCUGCAGGACUAGUUUAGCAGGCCAGGUCCCUUCCCCCUCCUCUUCACUUGGUUUGGCAGGCCUGUCAGUAGCUGUGGUAAAGCUGGCAAGCCACGCCCCCUGUCCCCGUGGCUCCACACCCCCUUCCCCUGGGUCACAGCAUGACUGCAGCAGCAGGUCCGAACCCUGCUGGAUGGAUGAGAGUUGGUUUGUCACCCCUCCCCCCUGUUUUACUGCAGAAGGCUCCACGCCAGAAACCAGCCCAAUGGAAGACCUGCUCAUUGAACACCCCAGCAUGUCUGUGUACGUUGCCACCGGCAACCAGUCCAUCACUGAGGAGACAGGCAGCUGCCCACUGCAGGAAAUAAGCCAGAAGGUGGAGACUGCAAACCCAGCAGGGCGGGGUCUCUCUGGCCGCCCCGCCCGGGGCUCUGCAGUCCAGGCCACUGUCCUGGACAAGAUCUGCCAGGUGAACAGAGUCCAGCGGUCUGUGGCGCGGGCCGAGCGGCGCCAGCUGAGCCGAAACCGCGUAAAGCGACAGAACCGUCUCCGAGAGAACCUCCCCUGGAGCGGUGGCCGUGCCAAGGGCAGCUUCGUCCACCAGCCCCGCCAACGCCAGUGCAACUAUUAAACCAGCGGGCCGUUUACACUGAGGGCAUUACACCCGCUGCCCCGUCCAUCCUUUAAGUCCUACUCAUGUUUUGUUUUAUUUAAGUCUGGGUGGUUUUUAACUUUAGAAUAAACCUUGUUACUGUGCUAGCAUUCUUGCUACAAUUUUAACUCUUAUUUCAAUGACUUAACUCUUCUCCCUGAGUAAUCCUUUAAUAAAAUAAACAACCUUCUCCCUUUCACACCAUCCUAUAAGAUCAGUACAGCUGCACAACAUCCCUCAAGAGCCUUCUCCUUUGACAGGUUCGUUUGUAGAUCCACCAUUGAGGGGUAAGGGCACUGCAAUAGAAGAACUUGCUCCUGGGUAUAGUUUUGGGGAGAAAGGUUAAGUAAAGCCCAGGGGUCUACCCUUGUAAAAGCUAAAGCAGAAAGGCUGUCAUACAAUCUCGGUAUCCAUUAGCUGUGCAGUUUAUGUACUGCCCUGAGGAAAGGUGUAGCCCCUCUUAGUUAUUUUUUUUAAUUUUAAUGUUAUCUUUAAAUUUGUUUCCCCUCCACCUGUCUACAAAGCUAAAAUAGUGAAUUCAUUUUAGGGCUACAUACCCUGGAGCUGUCGGCUCCCUGGCUCUUAACAUCAGACCACACAGCCUAGUAAACUGGCUGUUUGAUGUUCAGAUCUUGGGAGUUCAAAUCCAGGUGGGUCUAUAGCGGCUCAGAAGCAAAUGAUAAAGGUAGACUUUUAUUAUGCUAGUUGUGAGAAUUAUAUAAGAACUGAUCUGAGACCCCUAAAACUCGUUUAUCUUUUUCAUUUGCUUUUUAUAAUUUUUUUUUGUGUGUUUGUGAUGGAAAUGUGCAGCACAAGAAAACUUUGUUUUCAAGAUUAAAGGAGUAUUUCCACAUGUUUUAACCUUUAUACUGGGGCAAUGUUGAAGUGUAGGGUACUGAACCAUUUGGCCCUUUUUUAAUUAAGCUAACAAAUGUGUUAUCUAAUGGUGCCAGGAUAAAGGUUAAGCUCUGUGGAGAUUUUGCAAGUAGAUGAUGGUAAGAGAGGGGGAAUAAAAAGAUAGCAUGAGAGAGAUGGAAAGAGAGCUAUGUAGAGAAGAAACAGAAUGAGAAAGUAAAAUAAAUGAAAAAGAGAACACUAUACCGGUGGCAGAUUUUUUUAAAUAUAAGUAAGUAAUGGUUACUUUACAUUUUAAUGAAGUAUUGUCAAUUUAUAUGGGAUUCUCAUUCAUAACUUAGUCAUACAAGUGACUUUAAGAUUGCAUUUAGUUCUAUGGUGGUCCCUAUGUAUCUGUGGCCAUUAAAAUCCAAUUUUUCAUUGAAUUUAAAUUCAUGCCACCUUGUGUACAGUGUUGCAAUGACCAGGUAUAUAUUGGGAUAUUGAAAUCCUUGGAAAAGUCCAUCCAUUAUUUUUUGUUGUAGAAGACCUUCAAUGUGAGCUGUGCCCUUGUCUUGUGGUGCUAUAUAUAGCUGUUUCCACUCCUUGCCACACACUACCAAAUGUAUGACAGCCUUUCCUUUUGCAAAUGUGGGGUAUGACCACUUGGUAUGUUUAGACUCUCUUUAGCUGAACCUGAUAAUCUCCCAUCUUGAGCUAACCGCACUACUAGAAAUCGUCCCCUUGUAUGCAUUUAUUUCUGCAUAACUUGAAUGCUGCACAACUGUGUUAUGACCAAUGGUAGCCUUAUGAGAAAUCACAUUCUAUUUAUUUGUAUGAGAAACGUAUUUAUUUAACAUGUUGAUGAUCAUUUCCUUGCUGUGUUAAAGAUGGCAUGUGAGCUAACAUAUUUCUAGUUUAAUAAGAAUGAAAUAUGCAGAUUUUUCUGUAGUUUUCUACAAAGAGUUAUUACAUGAGUGUUGGCAGGGAGAAAAAUACACUGGGAUUUGACUGAUUUCUGUUGCUGUCGGUUUAGCGCUAACUCUGUCCAUUAGCUCAAGAAUGUGAGUUUAUUCAGGGUUUAACUUGACACAAACUAGUCCCUUUUUAAAAUUUUUAUUUUUUUUUGAUAGCAGAUCACUAAGAACUAUUGCCCGCCAUCUAAAUGAUAAAUAUCUAUAUAGAGAGAUUAAAAAAAAAAAAAAAAAAAAAACCCUAUGGUGCUGAAGUAUAUCAAUUAAAUAUAUGCUUAGUUUGUAAAUUAAGACAUGGAUGUAAGUUUGUUUCUGUGAGUCAAGUUUAGCAGUGUGAAGUGUGCUGAGAUUCGUAUUGUCCAAACAGUGAGGUUUGCGUGUGGAAGGAAUGUGCUGAAGUCGAAUAUAUAUAAUUUUUUUUUUUUUUUUUUUUUAUAUUUAAAAACUAGUUGUUUGGUGGGUGUGUUAGAUUUUGUUUUUCUUUUCAGACUGAAGCCAGGGCUUUCAGGGACUUUAAUAAUAUCCUCCAUCUCUCGUUCUCUCUCUCUCUCUCUCUCUUGACUGCGAAUGUCCUACAGAAAAUAGAAAGGAAAAAAACAGUUCCUGUCCAUCCAGGUAAACCCAUUUCUUUAGGAAGUACUUAUGCCUGGGGCUUUUGUUUAUCACUAGGUCAGAGCGUGCCCUCUGGUGGUCAAACACUGUUCACAUACAAAUGGCAGCUUUUAAAGGGACUGAAUGCAGAUUCAGUGUUUGCACAGAAAAAUAAAAUGUGUCUCCCUGAUGCAGUGUCUGGAGGUAUACGUGAGGGGAUGGACCCUUGACUAGAUCAUGCACUUUGUGGCCCCUUUACCCUCAACACUUCUCAUGAGCUGCAGUACCUCACAGACACUGUAGUGCGCUUGGUGUUUGCGUGAAUGAAUUUUAUUGCCGUCUUCCUCAAGUGCUUUUUUUUUUUUUUUAAUUUGAAUGAGUACACUCAUUUUUUUUUACCUGGGAGAGUGAAAUCUCUGUUUGCUGUGCCCUAAAGGUCCAGCUGGUGAUGAGCACCACACAUUGUGACGCCACGUGUGCACAACUGCAAUAGUCUCUGCUUUAGGGAUCAAGGUACAGGAAUAAUUAAUAUUGGAAUCUCGCUUAAGUCUGACGUUUUGUACCAACUUGCAUGACUAUUUCAAGGCAACUGCAGUUUUUUGUUAAUGUAACAGUAUUUGAUUUAUGAAGAACAUGUGUAUCGUGAGUGUUUAUUGCAGGAGUCAAUGAGUAACAUCUGGCAGGGGGUGGGGUGGUUAAGUGGUCCCUUUUCCAAGAAGUAACCUCUGUGUUGGUUUAAAAAAAUAUAUAAAAUAAUAAAACAUUUUAAAUCCAGUUAACUAGCGGUUCUUUCAGCUUGUCCCUGAUCUGCUCACAACCAGCAUUUUUCUGUACCCUGUUGAUAAUUCUCUCAGCAGAUUUUAGUUUUUUUUUUUUUUUUUUUUUUUUUUUUUUUAGAAAGAAAUUAUUUAUUCAUCUAGGUUAUCUUCAUUUUAAUUUGCAGCCUGAAUUUGUAGUUACAAUGCCAGAGACUUUUUCAGUACGAGCAAAAAGACUUGAACCCGAGUCUUUAAACAUCCCAAACAUUCUUAAAAACCACUAAGCCAUGCUGCCUCCUAGCUAUUCAUUCCUAGGAAUUAUUUUGUAGGUAUUUUCUAUAGUAGCCUAUAGAGCAGUUUGAAGACUAGGGACAGGCUUGAAACCACUAAAUUGGUAGAAACUCAUUUUCAAAUGGUUUUUAAAGUAACACAGGUUGGAAAUGGUGUCUGCCGUGGCAGUGGACAGUAGCUUGUGCUGUUUCUCUAGCCUGAGGUGAUGUUAGAGUGUAUUCAAUGUACAGAUUGUGUGUUAUGAAUGAAUGAAAAAGCUUAAAAAAAAAAAAAAAAAGUUGAGGAUUUUGCUUGUAUUAUUCCUAUUGUUAUUACUGUUAUUCUUCUAUGUUGUUUGAAACUGGGGACUUGAAUACUGAGAUCAUGUUUUCUUUCCCUUUUUAUUGACUACUCGCAGAUUUUCAUUUGCUAUCUAAAAUUAAAAAACAAACAUACUUUCUUCCUGAUUUUAAGUAGGACAAACAUUGUAUUCCCCCACCCCACAUUUGUGUUGAUUACUGGUCUUUUAAAAUCUAAAAUGUACUCAAAUUCAGUCCCUAAGUGUACCUGAUCAUGAUGUAUCUAUAAAUCGUGUAUGUGCCUUUCACUUCUGCAUGGUUUGUGAUGUUUUGAAUGAUGAUUUCCCAUACCUAAGGAUCCCAGUUCAUGAACAGUAGAGACCUAUACAAAUAAAGGAGGUCUAGCGUGCGUUCUGAACUGUAGGUACCAGAGAAUAGAUUAAUAAAAACUCAGGGUGAAGCCUGAA